CUCCCCCUCCCCCCCCUCCUCACCCCCGGCCGCUUCCGGCGGCGGCGGUGGACGUCACGGGGCGGGGGCGGGGCCCCGCGGGUCACGUGGGGCGGCGGCGGCGCGAGCGCAGCGCGGGAGCGGAGGAGCCGGCGGCCGAUGAGAGCGGCCUGGGCUGCGCUGUCGCUGCUGCUGCUGCCGGGGCUGGGCCGGCGAGCGCUGCCGCACAUGGCCACCGGCACACCGGGGACACCACCGGGGACACCCCUGGGGACAUCGGGGGACGCCUGCGGCACCACCGGGAACAGCACCGGGGGUGACAGCAGAGGAGGUGACACCAGAGGAGGUGACAGCAGAGGAGGUGACAGCAGAGGAGGUGACAGCGAUGGUGGCACCGGUGGUGGCACCGGGGGUGACACCGGCUACGAGCCCGGCAGCGUCUCGGCCGCCUUCGUCACCUGCCCCAACCUCAGCGUGGCCACCGAGCUGGCCAGGGCUCUGGUGCUGCAGGGUUUGGCCGCCUGCGUGAACAUCGUGCCCGGGGUCACCUCAGUGUACAGCUGGCAGGGGAAGCUGGAGGAGGACAGCGAGGUCCUGCUGAUGAUCAAGACCCGCAGCUCUCGGGUGCCGGCGCUGACAGAAUUCGUCCGGAGGCAGCACCCGUACGAGGUCCCCGAGGUGGUGGCGCUGCCGGUGGCGCAGGGGAACGCGCCCUACCUGCGCUGGGUGCGCGACGUCGUGCCCCCCUGAGCCCCAAAAACACCCAAAAACACCCCGAAAUCACCCGAAAACACCCAGAAACACCCCAAAAACCCCUAAAAUCACCUCAAAAACACCCAAAAAUACCCCAAAGUCACCCAAAAAUCAGCCAAACCCAGAAACACACAAAAAUCACCCCAAAACACUCUAAAAUUACCCAAAAACAACCAAAAAUACCCCAAAUCACCCAAAAAUCACCCAAAACCAACCAAAAACGCCCAAAAAACACCCAAAAUCACCCAAAACCACCCCGAAACACCCCCAAAGUACCCAGAAACACCCCAAAAACAACCCAAAAUACCCCAAAAACACCCCAAAAACCCCCAAAACCAACCCAAAAUACCCCAAAACCACCUCCAGAAAUCGAGUCCAAAAUCACCCAAAACCACCAAAAACCACCCAAAACCACCCCCAAAAUCACCCCAAAAUUCCUCAAAAAAUUUUUCACAAAUUCUUCCCAAAUCUCCCCAAAAUCCUGCAAACGUCCUCAAAAAUUCCCCAAAAAUUCCCUCGGAAACUCCUCAAAAAUCACCCAAAAUCACCUCAAAAAUUACUUAAAAAUUACUUUUAAAUCGUCCCAAAAUCCCCCCAAAUUUCUCUAAAAUCCCCCCCAAAAAUUUCUCAAAAAUCACCAAAAAUCCCCCAAAAAAUUCCCUCAAAUACUCAAAAAUCACACAAAAAUUAUUCAAAAAUCAUCCAAAAAUUAUUCCAAAAUCGCCCAAAAUCUCCUCAAAAAUUACUUUAAAAUUACCCCAAAAUCACCCCAAAAUUCCACUGAAAUCCCCCAAAAAUUCCUCAAAAAUCACCCCAAAAUUCCUCAAAAAUCUCCCAAAAUUUCCUCAAAAAUCCCCCAAAAUCCCCUCAAAAAUUACUUAAAAAUUACCCCAAAAAUCACCCCAAAAUCCCCCAAAAUUCCUCGAAAAUCCCCAAAAAAAUUUCUCAAAAAUCACCAAAAAUUCCCCAAAAAAUUCCUCGAAAAUUCUCUCAAAAACUCUUCAAAAAUCACCCAAAAUUCCUCAAAAAUCGCCCAAAAUUUCCUCAAAAAUCCCCCAAAAUCCCCUCAAAAAUUCCCCAAAAAUUCCCUCAAAAACUCCUCAGAAAUCACCCAAAAUCACCUCAAAAAUUACUUAAAAAUCACCCCAAAAAUCACCCCAAAAUCCCCCAAAAUUCCUCGAAAAUCCCCCAAAAAAUUCUCAAAAAUCACCAAAAAUCCCCCAAAAAAUCCUCAAAAAUUCCCUCAAAAACUCUUCAAAAAUCACCCCAAAAUUCCUCAAAAAUCUCCCAAAAUUUCCUCAAAAAUCCCCCAAAAUUCCUCAAAAAUCACCCAAAAUUUCCUCAAAAAUCACCCAAAAUCCCCUCAAAAAUUCCCCAAAAAUUCCCUCAAAAACUCCUCAAAAAUCACCCAAAAUCACCUCAAAAAUUACUUAAAAAUUACCCCAAAAAUCACCCCAAAAUCCCCCAAAAUUCCUCGAAAAUUCCCCCAAAAAAUUCUCAAAAAUCACCAAAAAAUUAAAAAAAAAUUCCUCAAAAAUUCUCUCAAAAACUCCUCAAAAAUCUCCCAAAAUUCCUCAAAAAUCGACCAAAAAUUAUUCAAAAAUCGCCCAAAAUCCCCUCAAAAAUUCCUCAAAAAUUCCCUCAAAAACUUCUCAGAAAUCACCCAAAAUCCCCUCAAAAAUUCCUCAAAAAUAAUCCAAAAAUUUCCUCAAAAACUCCUCAAAAAUCACCCAAAAUUCCUCAAAAAUCCCAUAAAAAUUCCUCAGAAAUUCUUCCAAAAUUACCCAAAAAUUAUUCAAAAAUUCCCCAAAAUCCCCUCAAAAAUUCCCCAAAAAUCCCCUCAAAAACUCCUCAAAAAUCUCCCAAAAUUUCCUCAAAAAUCCCCCAAAAUCCCCUCAAAAAUUCCUCAAAAUCCCCUCAAAAAUUCCUCAAAAUUCCACCAAAAAUUCCUCAAAAUUCCACCAAAAAUUCCUUUAAAAAUCUCCCAAAAAUAAAAAAAAAUCCUCCCAAAAUUUCCUAAAAAUUCCCCAAAAAUCCCUCCCAAAAUUCCCCAAAAACUCCUCAAAAAUCCCCCAAAUUCCCCCCGAAUUCCCCAAUAAUUCUCCCCAAAAUCCCAUCAAAAAUUCCCCCCAAACUCUUCCAAAAUUCCCAAAACCUCCCCCCAAAAAUUCCCCCCAAAAUCCCAAAAAAUUCCCCAAAAAAUCCCCCCCAAAAUCCCAAAAAAUUCCCCCAAAAUCCCAAAAAAUUCCCCAAAAAAUCCCCCCCAAAAUCCCAAAAAAUUCCCCCAAAAAUUCUCCCAAAAUCCAAAAAAAUUCCCCCAAAAAUUCUCCCAAAAUCCAAAAAAAUUCCCCAAAAAAUUCCCCCAAAAUCCCAAAAAAUUCCACAAAAAGUCCCCCAAAAUCCCAAAAAAUUCCCCCAAAAAUUCCCCCAAAAUCCCAAAAAAUUCCACAAAAAAUCCCCAAAAAAUCCCAAAAAAUUCCCCAAAAAAUCCCCCCCAAAUCCCAAAAAAUUCCCCAAAAAAUCCCCCCAAAAUCCCAAAAAAUUCCCCCAAAAAAUUCCCCCAAAAUCCCAAAAAAUUCCACAAAAAUUCCCCCCAAAAUCCCAAAAAAUUCCCCAAAAAUCCCCCCCAAAAUCCAAAAAAAUUCCCCAAAAAAUUCCCCCAAAAUCCCAAAAAAUUCCCCAAAAAAUCCCCCCAAAAUCCCAAAAAAUUCCCUCAAAUUUCCCCAAAUCCCCCCCAAAAUCCAAAAAAAAUUCCCAAAAAAAUGCCACAAAAUUCCACAAAAAUUUGCCCCAAAUUUGCCCAAAAUUCCCCCAAAAUUUCCCCCCAAAAUCCCCAAAUUCUCCCCCAAAAUCCCAAAAAAUUCGCCCAAAAAAUCCCCAAAAAUUUCCCUAAAAUUCCACAAAAAUUUGCCCAAAAUUCCCAAAAAAUUCCCCAAAAAUUCCCCCAAAUCCCCCCAAACUCUCGGGGUCCCCUCGGAAUUUGGGGGGACCCCAAAACCCCCCCGGGGUGGGGGAGGGGUUCCCCAAAUUUAGGGAAUAAAAAGGGGAAAAAUCCCCAAAUUUGGGAA